AUGGCUGACAAUCCAAAGCCACGUGCAAAGCACUAUGUCGAGACUAAUCAGUGCACGUGUGAGCUCGUAUCCCAACACGCAGUCGAGACAUACAUCAGCAUCUGGGACAAAAUACCUAACCACCUCGAAAAGCCUGAAGCUCCGGCAGUGAAGAAUAAGCAGAGAGAUGAGGGGCAGGAGAGGAGCGGGCCGCCCUGGGGCUCUCUUUCCACGGCACUGCUACAGCCUCACACGAUGGGCCUACUAGGGCUGAAGACCACAAGGGAUAAAUUCCCAGAGCAUCGGCCACCGACGCAGAGGAUCCAACGCCACAGGUGGCGAAUACCCAUCUGGAUCCAACGCUGUCCCCUACAAGGGAAGAACCCGGCCUCCCACAGGAGCAACCAGAUUCGUGGCCCAGAGAUGCAGGCCUUCGCUACGGUCCAGGUGUAUGGAGAGGUCUGGCUCGCAAGGUGGACUGCCCCCCUGAUUUUGGCAUGCCAGCCUUCAUCUACAAUUCUACCCCAUGGGUCGCGCGAUCAGUGA